AGCUGGACUUUGGCAGCGCUGGCCAGCCGGAGCGCUGACCACCUGCUCUAAUCCUGACUGGAUCGGAGCUGGGAGUCGGUUGUUUGCUUUCCUCGUUCGCUAUUCACCUCCCCGGGGAAGAGGGAAGAUUUUACCUUUGCAGGACAGGACAGACACAGCAUGAAGGUCGAGUUUGCUCCCAUCAACAUUCCCCUGGCCAGGAGAAUUCAGACAGCUGCAGUGAUUCAGUGGCUCUUCUCCUUCCUCUUGCUAGCACAGUGUUGCUGGGGAGUCUUCAUCAUCUUGCUUUUGGGAAACUACUGGUUCCUACCUGUCCUCUAUGCACUGUGGCUCUAUCUUGAUUGGGAGACCCCCCAAACUGGAGGGAGAAGAUCAAAGUGGGUCAGAAACUGGACUAUUUGGAAGUACUUUACGGAUUACUUUCCAAUUCACCUCAUAAAAACGUCGGAUUUGGAUCCAAGCCAAAACUAUCUGUUUGGAUUUCACCCUCAUGGUAUUCUUGUUGCUGGAGCCUUUGGAAACUUUUGCACAGAAUAUACAGGUUUUAAAGAAUUAUUCCCUGGUCUUACUCCAUAUCUUCACAUCUUGCCCUUCUGGUUCGGAUGCCCUUUCUUCAGAGAUUAUGCUUUGAGUACUGGAGUGGUGUCAGCCUCCAAGAAGAGUGUGUCUCAUGUGCUGAACAAUGACAGAGGUGGAAACGUUGCAGUGAUUGUGAUUGGAGGAGCAGAAGAGUCUUUGGAUGCCCAUCCUGGAAGUUUAAGUCUGAAUAUCCUCAAGAGGAGAGGUUUUAUUAAAAUGGCUUUGAAAUAUGGGUAA